AUGGACCACGCAUCGUCAGUGCAGCAAGAGAAUGCACAGAACACGCAGAGAGUUAGCAGGAAAGAAUUAUUGGCGAUUUGGAAAAACCAAAAAGCAGCAGAUCAAGGAAAACCUGAUGCCAUCAAGAACAAGACAUUGGGGAAACCACUGGGUCCAAAGAACGCAUUAUCUGAAGUGACUACGAAUGGAAGGAGAAAUGUACUAACUACUACCGUUGACAAGCAGUCAGCACCUAUCGCAGAUCCGACUCCAUCUGCCGCUGCCAGCUUUCUCAGCAAUGUCUCCACUCGAAAGAUCAAGGUCUACAAGUCUCCUCACAAGUCUGGAAUUGUGCCUCCUCACAAUACUCCAGUUUCAAUGCUCACUGACGGCAAUGGCCAUAAACAGGGAGGCAGAACUGUUGACUUGCUAAACCAGUCCACUCGGUCACUAGAUUUGAUGGAUGAGAUUGAAGCGAUAAUAGGUAAAUCUCUGGACUCGGAUGCACGUCCCACAACUCCAACUAGAUCAAUCAAAACACAUCUAUCAACACUCUCGCCGUAUACAACACCGUCAGAAGUAAAAGCUCUACAACUCCAACUAGAAGCUGAACGAGAACACACUGCUCUACUACAAUCCCAAAAGGAAGACUUGACUAGGCAAUGGCAGCAACGAGUACACGAACUAGAAAAGACAUUAUCAGAACGGGACAAUCGACAUCGUCAAAUGAUGGCUUUGCAAGAAGAUGAAGAAGAUGGGUUGAGAGGAGUGUUGUCUGAAUUAGAGGCUCGUAUUGCUACUCUAGAAUCUCGCUUAUUAGAAACUAAUGAUUUGCAUGCUGAUCAAGUCACACGUCUACAGCACGACCUGUGGGAGGCUCAGACUGAUGUACACGCAGUGACUGGCCAAUUACGCGAUGUAGAAGCAAACAGGACGGAAUGGAGUGCCGCUGUUGCUCAACGAGACUUGCAAAUAGUGGAACUACGAGCUUGUCUUGAUGAUCGUCGAGCUAGUAGUGCUAAUACCACCAUUAUCAAACCUGUAAAAUCCACCGAUACCAAUGAUCUCGUCAACGAUGAUAUACAUAGUCAGAGUAAUAGUAGUACCGAAUACCAAACGCAACUAGCAGAUAUACAACAAGAAGUAUCCGAUGCAUAUGAAGUCAUUGAAGCGCUAGAAUCUCAAAUCAAGGAGCUAGAGGAUUGUAAAUCGGCAAAUGAGAUUCGAAUAGACGAGCUGGAAGGGGAGUUAUUGACUGCUCAAGUACAAUUGGAUCGAGCUCAUUGUGAAUAUGGAGAGCAAGUGAAGCAACUUCAAGAUGGUUUGCGGGCUACUAUUACAGAAAAUGAAAUGUUAAUGGAGCGUUUGCAUACUGCAAUCUCCGAGCAAACUGAUGGAAACAGUAUUGGGGUUCAGACAGAAAUGCCACUAGAUCGUAUUCUGGUCGAAGUCAAGGAAUUGAACAAACAAAACAAUAUGCUUCGAUUCCGAGGUGAAGCAUGGCGACACCAGUAUAUGAAGAGUCAAUCCCUGCAUCAAGAGAAUGUUCAUGAACUUACUCAAAAGAUGGAGGAAGAUUCACAGAAAUGGUCUGCAACGGAGUCACUCAUUGACACAUUACGACAACAAUUGAUUGAUGCGGUAACUAAAUCCAUACAAAAGACAAAUGAAACCGAAAUUAAAUAUCAAUCUGAGAAACGUAAGGCUGAUAUGCUGGAAGAACAACUCAAAAGUGAACGUGAGCAGAGAAGGAAGAUCGAGAAGACGGUAGCUGAACACUUUUGUAUGGGAAGUCGUCGUACUAGCAGCCAAGAUACGGUGGAGAACAAGUAG